AUCAAGUUGCCAACACUUCACCUCCAUCCUCCCCAAUUAUGGCUCCCUCCAAACACCACCCCCCACCGCCGCCACCUCCUCCUCCUCCGACGCACUCCCACUAUUACACUCCUUUACCACCCCAACCUCCCGAUCAGACCUUCAUCCUCCUCCCCCUUUACCGCCCUGAGAACCGCCACCGCCGUCUACCCUUAAUCUGCAUCUUCUCGUUACUCAUGCUAGCAGCGCUGUCGUACCUCUUCUGGCCGUCCGAUCCCCAAGUCAAGAUUGUACGGAUGCACAUAAACCGAAUGCAAGUUCACACCAUACCGGUCAUCUCCGUAGAUAUUUCGCUACUGGUGACGCUGAAGGUGCACAACGCCGAUUUGUACUCCAUGGAUUACACAACGCUGGACGUGGCGGUGGGGUACAGAGGGAAGAGGCUGGGGCACGUGAGGUCGAACCACGGUCACGUCAGGGCGCAAGGGUCGUCCUACGUGGACGCUGAGCUUGAUUUCAACGGCGUUGAGGUGUUAUCUGACGUGGUGUUCAUGCUCGAGGAUUUGGCUAAGGGUAUUGUGCCGUUUGAUACCGUGACAGAGGUCACCGGCCAGAUUGGACUGUUCUUCCUUAAGUUUCCUUUAAAGGCAAAAGUAUACUGCGAGAUUUUGGUAAAUAGGAACACUCAGUCUAUCAUGCGCCAGAAUUGUUACCCUAAGUCAGAGAUGAAUCUGAAGCCUUGAAGGUACUGAAUUGAAUGAGAUGCAGCAGAGCUGAAAGAUUCAGCAGAACAUCGGUCCGUGGACCAUGUAUGUAAAUAUUUGAAUAUGCUUCUUCAGAACAGAAUAUAUAUGUUCAAAAAAUGUGCAGCAUAUAGAAUUAUAGAUAUUAUAAUUUUUCUUAUUUAUCAUGAUCAUGUAUUUGAAAAAAUAAAAAAAAAAACCCAGUAUCCAUUUAUGAAAAACUCAUAUGUUUGUACAAAACGGUUGUAUGUUCUUGGUGACAUUGCUUCCUGCAAUAUGAAAUAAAGAUGGUUAUAUAAU